AUGAGCACCAACAACCUCUACAAUUCCUACUUCUCCACCGUCUCCGCAGAUCGUAAAUCUCCUCCCAAACAAUCCACUUCAACUCCCACAGAACCGCCCAAAAAACUCUCCAAAUCAUUCCAACGCCAGCUCGCCAAAACUCUCGCUCCUCCUGGCAAAAAGAACAAGGCGAAGAAGAAGAGACUUGCAUCUCAAGCCAAGCGGAAAUCCAAGACAUCUGCUGCGAAAAUGUCGAAACGCGCGGCUGCUACAGACUCCUCCGAUGCCAAAGCCACGAGUAGCAAGAAAGCCAAGACUAGCAGUUUGCCUGAGAUGGAGAGGGAUAAAGAAGACCAACCUUUUUGGGAGAUUUCUGGCAAGAGGAGAUUGCAGUUGAGCGAAUUCAAGGGUACGACGAUGAUUGGUGUGAGGGAAUUUUAUGAGAAAGAUGGGGAAGCACUGCCGGGGAAGAAGGGCAUAUCGAUGACGGUGGAGCAGUUUGAUACGAUUGUGCGGCUUUUGCCUGAGAUUGAGAGGCAGUUGAAGGGGAAGGGAUUGCAGUUAGCGAGGCCGAAGUAUGAUCAGGAAGAUGGAGGAGKAGAGGGAGAGGAGGAAGAAGUUGACGGGGUAGAGAAAGAUGAAGAGGACGACGACGACGAUUCUGAUGGUGAUGCAAAAGCAAAAGUAGAAGAGGAAGACGGAGAAUAG